GUCGCCUGGGCGUCGCGGCCGCGUGACGCGUUUUCAAAUCUUUAACCGCCGCGGCUCGCACGUCGGUGCUGCAGCCCCUUCCUGCUCGGAGGCUCGGCGCCGGAACCGGCCGUGGACGUCGGCCCGCGGGCGCGGCGGCCGGGCCUCGGAGCUCCGUGUUCGCGGCCGUCCCGUGCGGCGCCCGGUGCGGACCCAGCAUGUAGGUGCCCGGUGGCUGCCAUGAACCUGGAGACCAUGCGGAUCCACAGCAAAGCGCCUCUCCCCGGUACGGAGCCCCUCCCCCGCCGCCGUCCCUUUAAUCCCUUCCUGCUCGGCCGCUUCCACGGUGGCAUCCAGGACAAAAAUGAAAAGAACAGACCGUCUUUGAAAUCCCUGAAAACUGAUAAUAGACUGGAAAAAUCGAAAUAUAAGCCUCUUUGUGGAAAAAUAUUUUACCUUGACUUGCCUUCUAUCACCGUAUGUGAAAAACUCCAAAAAGACAUAAAGGAUCUUGGCGGGCGAGUUGAAGAAUUUCUCAGCAAAGAUAUCAGUUAUCUUGUUUCAAAUAAAAAGGAAGCAAAAUAUGCACAAACAUUGGGUCGAAAUUCUCCUGUACCAAGUCCAGAAUCUGCGUAUACUGCAGAAACCACCUCACCUCAUCCUAGCCAUGAUGGAAGUUCCUUUAAGUCUCCAGACAGAGUGUGUCUGAGCCGAGGAAAGUUGUUAGCUGAGAAAGCUGUCAAGGAUCAUGAUUUUAUUCCUGCUAAUAGCAUAUUAUCAAAUGCCUUAUCAUGGGGAGUGAAGAUUCUUCAUAUUGAUGACAUUAGAUACUACAUUGAACAGAAGAAGAAAGAGUUAUGUACAUUCAAGAAAUCAAGUACUUCUGUGAGGGAUACGGGAAAAAAAGCUGGUACUGGAAUACAGAAGGCAAGAAGGAGACUCAAAAAGCCUUUUUUAAAGGUUGAAGAUGUGAACCGGUCUUACAGGCCAUUUUACCUUCAGCUGACCAGUAUGCCUUCUAUAAACUACUCUACUCAGAAGCCUUGCAGCCCUUUUGAUGGAGAUAAGCCAUCUAACAUCCAAAAGCAAGUUCAGCCUAAACUCAGAAUUACUACGGAUGGCGAUAAAUGUGGUGGAACCCCAGUUCAACUCCAGUUGAAGGAAAAGAGAAAAAAAGGAUAUUGUGAAUGUUGCUUACAGAAAUACGAAGAUCUCGAAACUGUAAAUGUCAUUUUACACUUGGGAUUGGUGUUUCUAAAAGCUUAGAUACAUUCUUACAUUUAAGUCUUACCUUACUAUUCUGAUGGUAGUUUGCAGCAUGAUAGUUACAAGUAUAUUUUAUGGUAGGGAUGGAACCUAGAACUCUACACAUUAUGGGCAUGUGCAUCAGCACUGCUACAUCUUUGGCCGGAAGCACUUGAAGUUUUAAGAGCCCAAAGAAGGAAAUCAACAUUGAAAGAAAUAGUUUUUAUUCAUUCAGUAGCUAUAUUGAGUACUUAGUCUAUAACUACAAGAUAAAAAUAACAAAAUCUAUGUAGACAGUAUUAGGUCAGUUGCAAGGAGCAUCAAAGCAGGAGUCAGAUGUUGCUUUUUAUUUAGACUUGGCAAAGAAAUACCUAAGUGAUGUCUAAGUAGAAAUACAGAAAAGUUAGAUAACCAGAUUUCUCAAUACUGACUGAAAAUCAUCCAGGGAAAUGCCCAGAACUGGUUGAUAGACUCAGAGUACAAGAUGUACAAGUACCAAGCAGUGAUGGGAGAAGUUCUUGAGGCACUUGAAGGAUGAGACUGAGAAGAUGGACAUGAUUCUGAAUUGAGAGAUGGUGGAUAAGUGAAAGUUAUGUAUUUUGGUCUGAGCAAUUAUAAAAGAAAAGACUUGCAAGAGCGUACUAGAUGAAGGUAGUUUUUAAAAAUGGGGACUAUUGGGGUUUUUAAACUGAUAAAAAAUAAGAACUUUGCAAUCACUGGCAAUCUGUCUAUGUGCCCUUAGAGUUUAGUGCAUAGCAAGUGCUUCUUAAUCUUAGCAGUUAAUUUUUGAAUUCUUAACUUUUAAAAGAUAGAUGUGGUGUUGCACAACUUAAACUUCUCUAGUUUCAAAUACUCAGGAAGCUGAGGCAGGAUGAAUAUUUGAGUGCAUAAUCUCUAGGACAACACAAACAACAUAACAAGACCCGUAUUGAAAUAUAAAUAUAUAUAUAUAUAUCUUUUUGAAUAUAUAUAUUAUAAAUAAGUGUGUGUGUGUGUGUGUGUGUGUGUGUGUGUGUGUGUGUGUGUGUGUAUACACACACAGGGUUUUAGUGUUUUGUUUGGAUUUAGUUGGAAAUUUAGAGAAUUAAGCCUGAAAAGACUGAUUCAUAAAGCAUCCCUGACUUCAUCUUUUAAAUUAGAGUUUGUUUUGUAACCCAAAAUAUAGUAAUACUUACCAGGGGUUUUGCUUUGUUUUACUUAUAUAAUAAAGGAGAAAAUACAGUUUAAAAUUGCAUUGACUCAGAAGCUAAACUAUCUCCAAUUUUUCCCUGUUCUUUCUGAUUUUUGAAACUAAGGUUAUUGGUUGGUCUGUAAUUACUUGGCAUUGGGAGAAUAGAAUAAUCUAGAAUGUUUGUUUUUCUUAAUCUUUGAGGUUCUAAUGUGAUAUUCAGAAAAUGUAAGAGUAGUAUGAAAGUUGUCCACCGGUUGCUACAAAGAAAAUAAAUUUCAAAGUAGAUGUGAUAAUGAAAUUUAAGAUCAUGACUUUGAUAGGGUGUU